AUGCAGCACGACCAUCCCGCUCGGGAGGAGCUUCGCCUAGAACUGGACGGGCACGAGGACGAACAUGGAAACGGGCAAGAUCUCGGCGACGGGGACGCUCCAUCACCACAUCUCCCAUCGACGCCAGCUGGAUCGUCAUCCGAGACCCACGCAUCUAGCCCCAGUCCAUCAUCGUCGAACCCGACUGAACCGGACACUUCUGCAUCAACUGGAUCGUCCGGCAUGCGGCGCCUGCAAGUCACCAGAGCCAGCACGCGCGGGAAGCCCACCAGCGACGAUCAUAUCGACGUCAACUUGGUUCCUGCCAAUCUGGAAGUCACCAUGAACGACCGCGGUCGAGCCCAUGCUACAACGGGCCGCGUAGAGCCAUCCGGUCUUUCCUUCACUCAGCUGGCUGAGAUAGCCGAUCAAGCCCAGCUCCCAUGCCCUGGCGAUACUGAGGAUUUCGCCCACGUUGCGAAAGACCCCUUCACGGUGCCGCGUGCUCACGCCUACGUCACGACCACUCACGAACACCACGGGAUCUUGGAGGAGACGAAUCAAGCGAUCAAAAUCCCCAACACCUACGACGAAGCCAUGAGCUCUCCCCAGCGCGAAGAAUGGAAAGGAGCGUGCAGCAAGGAAAUGGACAACAUGCGGAAACACGACGUCUACAAUCUGGUGCCCCUCAGCAGCGUUCUCAAGGGAGAGAAGAUCCUCGGAACGAAAUUCGUCUUCAAGAAAAAGCUGGACGGACGCUUCAAAGCUCGCCUGGUAGUCGGAGGACAUCGUCAAGAGCCAGGACAGGACUACGGACGCAGCUACGCACCAGUAUGCCGUAUCGGGAGCAUUCGCAUGACGUGCGCCAUUGGCUGCCACAACAACUGGCCCAUCUACCAACUGGACGUUGUCGGUGCCUUCCUGAACGCCCUCUGCGACAGAGAUGUGUACGUCAGACCCGCCCCCGGUACAUCCGCCAAGAACUCCGCGACGGGAGAACCCAUGGUGUACAAACUAGAACGGAGCCUCUACGGCCUAUCGCAGUCGCCUGCGCUCUGGAACGACACCCUGGACGAAUCCCUCACGGUGUUCGGAUGGAAAAGGACUCAAUCCGACCCCUGCGUGUACGUGUAUACCAGCGGCAACAGCAUCGUGAUUCUCACGGUCUACGUAGACGACAUUCUCAUCACGGGAGGAGACCAGCAGCUCGUUGACCAGAAGAAGAAGGAGCUCACGGAUCGAUUCGAGAUGACCGACAUGGGAGAGGUAAAGCGGAUCCUCGGGAUCGACGUGCCGCGGGACUACGAGCAAAGGACCCUGGCCAUUUCACAGGAGCACUACGUGAACGCACUUCUGGAGCGGUUCGGAAUGCAAGAGGCCAACCCAGUGAGCACUUCUGGAUACGGAGCGGAAAUCUCCACGAAUCAACCUCAGGACCAAUUCCUUGGACCCAUGGUCAAUUUUUACCAGUCGAUGACGGGAAGCAUCCUCUACGUGGCCCAGUGCACGCGAUUCGACCUCUCCUACGCUGCCCUACCACUUUCCAAGGCCUGCAGCAACCCAGCGCAGGUGAACAUGACAGCAGCCAAGCACGUUCUGCGAUACCUUCGGGGUAAUCCAGUUCUUCCUAUCGCCUACAANACUGGCCCAGUGGCGAUUUAA